AUGUCUGCCACAUUCUUAGCACCAUCUCUUCCCGCGGAAACUGUUAUUAGCUGUAUUAAUUUUCAAGAAACUAUUCAUGAUACACCUCAUUUUCGUGCAAACAUUCGAAGAUUUGAAGAACAUGUAGAUAAUUUUGAAAA